CAAAACUUUAAACGAAUACAUGACACGGCAAAUCCAAUGAUCUCGUUAAGCUAACACCACCAGUGGAAAGAACAAAACCUUUUCAGGAAAUUACAUGUUGAAUGUAACAGCCUGCAGCAGGUCAGCGCUGUGCUCUUUGCUUUGUUGUAUAGCUUCACAUUUCAGGCACACAGUCUUGCAAAAAUCCACUUUAAAAUCAAUUAUUCUGAGCAAACAUUUCAGCAUCUUGGCAGUGUCAUAUUCUGAUGUUCCACCUACAGUCCUGUCUCUGAGUCGACUCCCUCUGCUUGUCUCUCUGUCAUCAGGGGACGGUGACGGAGGACAGGGCCAUGGCCUCCUGGUUCAACUGGAAUGAGCCUUAUUACAGAACGCCCCGCCGGGACCCGUCCGACGUGGUCACCGACACCCUGAUGGUGGAGUUCAGCUGGCAGAUGAAGGAGGCCGAGAGGCUGCAGAGGGAGAGGGAGAACGAGUACCGACGCCUGAAGACCGGCGUGGACUACAGCUGGCUGGCCAGCACGCCUCGCUCCUCCUUCAGCAUCAGCACCGGGGAGCGCCUGGGCCUGGAGGACCUCUGCUCCAAGGUGCCGCCAUCCUGCUGUGGCCUCGUCAUACUCAAGUUCAGGGAGGUGAUGCAGGCCAACGAGCCCGAGGCCAACGAGGUGCCCGGCCUUUUCCGCUCCGUCCUCCUGGAGGCUCUGGACCACCUGAAGGAGGAGCAGGAGGCGCAGCGACUCGCCCGCCAGUGGAACAACAAACGUGCCAUGAGCAUGUCCCUCGUGAACUUCAGGUCCCGGAUCAAGAUCAACCCGUUCGGGAGCACGGUGGGCCUGGCCACCGCUGCAGCCGAGGGGGCGGGGCUCAGCGACCUCAAAACGGUGUCGGAGGACGUGGAGAAAGGGAUGGACCGGGAGAGGGUGUGGAGCAUGCCCGACUUCAGAUACAAAGGACCCAGCAGCAGCAGCAGCAAGGUGGUCUGA